AUGGCUCACUCCCUUCACACCCUCGCGGUGGCUCUCCUGAUCGCUUCUUUCUCGUCGAAUGCGUUCGCUGGGUUCAUGGGCGGAGCAUCAACCUUCGCAGGGGCCGGCAAGGCAUUGGUGGAUGCGUAUAACAGAGGCAAGAAACCCGCCCAGCAAGUCGUACCAUACGACCCGGUGGGAUCCGGCGCCGGAAUCACCGGCUUCAACGGCGGCACGUACCAGAUCGCCAUCUCCGACGACCCUAUGACCUCCACGCAGGAAGGGAGCGCUCCCCCCAAGAUCACCGUUCCGCUCUGCGUCUCCACCUUCAGUUUCUUCGUAAACGGCGCGCCCGGCGUCGUCCUGACGGUGGCCCAGACGUAUUCUAUCUACAAGGGAGACAUCACCGUGUGGUCCGGCGUCGCCGGCGCAAAGGGCAAGGUCGCGGGCGCUAUCACCCGCGUGGCGCGCAGCGACAAGUCUGGAUCUACGGCGAUUGUGAAGACUCUGUGGAGCAAGGCUCUGGGCGCCACGUACACCGAGAACACGGACGUCACUGCGAUGGGUUACACUGGCCUCACUAAGGUGGACGGUACGACGGGCAUGUGCACUGCGAUUGCCAAGACCAAGGGCGCCAUUGGUUACGCGUUCACCGGUUCCUGCGCCCCGCGUUACCUUACGUUUCUGAGGAACGCCAACGGUGCGGCCGUCAAGGCCCCUGCUUGGAACCCCUCCCUUGCCAUCCCCGCCACUCCUCCCGCCGCGCCUGACGCGUCGUGGGCGAGCGUUGAUUUCGUGUGGAAGGCCGGAGCCAAGACCCCUCCCAUGGUGUCCAUGGAGUUUGCCUUCAUCAGGAAGUCGCCCUCCACCCCGGUCGCAAAGGCCUUCAUGCUGUAUAUGAUUGGCGCUAUGAGGACAAACAAGUAUGGGUUCAACCCGACGCCUCCUGCUUGGAUCAACCCGUCCAAGGCCAUGGUGGUCGCGAUUAAUGCCGACUGGUUCAUUGGUGUGGUCAUGCGCUUCAAGAUCAACGAGAAAACGCCAAUCAGAGCACCCGUGCUGCCCAAGAGGCUCUCGCACAUCCCCCCAGUGAACAUCUCCCAGGCAGUGAAGCAGCGCUGGCAGGCCAUAGUCAUUACUCUCGACAAGGCACUCAACAGAACCACCUACAUGCCCUUACCCCACACCCACACCCCUCUGUCUGCCACUCCUUGUUCCCCUCCCUUGCAGCACAUCCCCCUGGUGAACAUCUCCCAGGCAGUGAAGCAACGCUGGCAGGCCAUCACCAUUCUAGUGGAUAAGGAGCUGAACAAGACCACCUACAUGCUGUUCAACGGCAAGGGAUACGAGGAACCAGCCACUGAGACGCCCAAAGUGGGCACUUCGGAGCUUUGGCACAUCAUCAACCCGACAUUCGAAACGCACCCCAUCCACCUGCACCUCAUACAGCACCGCCCCAUCUCCCGCCGUCCGUUCAACUCCACCGCGUAUCUCAACGGCUCGUGUUCUUUCGAGCCCUCCUCCCCUUUCAAACCCAGCUGCUUCACUGGCCCGGCUCGGCCCGUGCCGCAGCAUGAGAGGGGGUGGAAGGACAACACCGUUGCAUUCCCGGAUAGUGUUCUCACCAUCUUUGUGCCGUUCAAGGGGCAGGAUGGUAAGCCGUUCCCCUUCGACGCAACCAAGGGGCCGGGAUAUGUGUGGCACUGCCACUCAUUGGGACACGAGGACAACGACAUGAUCUCUUAG